ACUUUUUAAUAAAAGCAAAACUUGAUUAAUAUUUGUUGCGAAGAGAUGCUGUUUCGAUGCAUUACGUAUAAAUGAUAGAAAAACAUGCACGCCAAUUUCAGUGUAUUGAUCAAGUUUUAUUUUUCACAUUAGUGUCGUCAGCUUUUAGAUGAACAUGUUUGCUCAUUUAGCAAUCUUUAAAGGUUUAAAGUUAACAAAGAAAAAUAAAUGCAUAAAGCUCUGUGCAUUAACACGUUUGUAUUGAACGACAUCCAGGUCACUGGCAGAUGAGGAAGUAGCAGACUCUUCUAACCAAUGGACACGAAAUAACUCUCAGUGUGUUCUUCAAUGUUGGUUUAUUACACCGUUUCUAACGCAGUUUUCACGCGGAGUGAAAUUGAUUUGGAUGGUUUUGUAAGCAACAUUAUUUCAAAUACCAAUGCAAGACUGGCUCAUACCCAUCCCAAAAGACCCCACACUCAUCGCCAUGCCAACAGCUGCACCAAUCAGAUUACGUGUCUUCUCUCUCAACUGCUGGGGGAUCAGGUACCUCAGUAAGCACUGCAUAGAGCGCUUUGUUUUGAUCGGAGACCUGCUGAAUAAAGAGGAGCUUGAUAUCACAUUACUGCAAGAGGUGUGGUGUGAAAAAGACUUUCUCUUUCUAAAGAAGAAGCUUGGCAGUGUUUAUCCAUAUUCACAUUACUUUAAAAGUGGUUUUAUAGGAAGUGGUCUGGCCGUAUUCUCCAAACACAGAAUCCAUGAUGCUUUCCUGUACAGAUACUCAUUAAAUGGCUAUCCUUACAUGGCCCAACAUGGAGACUGGUUCGGUGGCAAGGCUGUCGGCAAGGUCUUGCUCAACAUCAGUGGGCUGACAGUUCAUGUCUUCGUCACUCAUUUGCAUGCAGAGUACUGCAGGGAGAGAGACUCGUAUCUACCGCACAGAGUGGUGCAGACAUGGGAGCUACAACAGUUCAUAAGGCAUACUAGUGCUGGAGCGGAUGUGGUGAUCCUGGGCGGAGAUUUAAACAUGCAUCCGGACGAUCUCGGUACCAGACUGUUGUGUAACUGCACUGGACUACUAGAUUGUUUCACUGAGGCCGCCAGCUUUGAUGGAUGCGAGGGGGGAAACACACACAUAACUGAGAAUCCUUUCACAAACACGGAUGAGCUCAUUACAUAUGGAGGAGGAAUUCGGAUAGACUACAUCCUUUUCAAGGGAUCUGGUCAAGUAGAUGUGAGUUGUGAGUCUUUGUCCACUACCAAGGGUCCUGUUCCUGGGCAACCCUUCCCUUACUCUGACCAUGAGGCUCUUACUGCCGAAUUUCUGCUUACUCCCACUAAAAAGGUCUAUGGAUGUUCAGAGAGAGAAUUUGGCUGUGUUGCAGAUAAGCUUCCCGAGCUGGUAAAUACGGUAAACGAAGCUCGUACUGAAGUGAAGGUGGGUCUACACUGUGCUGAGCGCAUGCGUCGCACCACGUCUCGUACAGGCAUCAUGGGUCUUGUUUUGUUACUACUUGAGCUUGCCAUCGCUGCUGUGCCCAUAUUUGCUCUGGGAGCUGAACAGCCAUUCCCUAAAGCCUCCUUUUACCUGUUGGGGGCGCUGUGCUUUGCCAUCCUACUCUCCACAUUGCUGCUGUACAUCUUCUACAGCAUGGAGGUGAAGGCACUGCAAGGAGCUGAGGACCAGAUGAGAUUGUCAUUGGGUAGCCUUCAGGAAAGUCUUAAGGUGUCCCCCAAGGUUCUGUCGUCUGACCUUUUUCAAAAUCCACCAGACGAUCAGGAUCCCGCAUCUUUGGAGCCAGAUAACUGAACACAAUGUUGUGUUUGUUAGAGGAAAUUAUAAGAAGAGUCUGGGUUUUAGUUUUAUUACCUUUGCAACUUUCACGUCCUUUUUGAGGGCUUUUGGUUUGACCAGACAUUGUUUUUUCCCCCCAAAAAACCCUCAACAUAAAUGGAGAAAAACUAUUCUACUGUUCAAAAGUUUGGAAUCGCUAUGAAUUAUUCAUGUAUUUGAAAGAAAUUUAUAUUUGUAUUCACCAAGGAUGCAUUAAAUUGAUAAAAAAAAUAAAUAAAUAAAUACAGUAAAGAUAUUUGAUAAAUGACUAUUUAUAUAUAAAACAAACACUGUAUUCUAGAAAACUGUUUAUUACAGCAGUAGCUUCCUGUAUUGCGAUUUGCACACUUCAGUGUAUAUUACUGGUUUAGUACAAGUUAAGCGCAGUCGACAGCGUUUGUUGCAGAAUGUUGAUUACCACAUAAAAAUAAUUUCAACAUGUCCCUCCUUUUCUUUAAAAAAAGCAAAAAUCAAUAUUCAAUAUAACAAUAAAAAAAAUAAAAUAAAAUAAAAAAUUCAGAAUUCAAAAUUUUUUUUAAAGGCAGAGAUUUGAAGCUUAAAAAUUUAUAAAAGCACUUGCAUUACUUCUUGUGUAUUAUCUGAGCUGUGAAGUUGUUUAAAUCAUAAUUUUUAUGGUCGUUUAAGUGUUUAUACUUUAUAGCGUUACGCCGUCAUGGCAACGAAGUUGUAAAGUUGGAUUUAACAUUACACAGUAAAGGUACGCAUAUAUUAUUUACCUUGAAUGAAUAUUCCUUUAAGCACCGCAACCAAUUUUAACUAAGGCACACUCGAAAUAUUUCUUAACGAUAAUGUAACAAUGUUUUAAUAGUAGACUGAAGAAAUGGCUUCUAAAGAUUGGGCUUUGCCGGGACGUGUAAAAAAACAUUUGGUAAAAU